AUGCGUGAUCGGGGAGUGACGCCGCACGUGGCUCAGCGAGCUCACUCGGCGAUAGACGGCAGAACGACGCGGCAUCCGGGCUAUGGGGUGAGCCAGAAGAUUCGCAAGCAGAUCGAGGAGAUAUUCGGGUGGAUGAAGACGGUGGGAGGGUUCCGCCGAACCCGGUAUCGGGGUGUGGAGCGUACUGGGCUGGCCGGUUACUUCGUAGCUACCGCUUACAACUUGGUGCGGAUGGCGAACCUGUUGUCGUGUCAGAGGACUCGGGACGUUCAGGUCGUGUGA